AUGGGAGCAACUUCCUCAAGAUAUAUAAUUUCAGGAAUUGGAGGUUCACUACUUGUUUUUGCCUUAACCACUUUUUUUGCAAGUGAUGAAAACGGCCCAUCUGUAUCAGGAAUUUUUAAUUUAGGAAACACAUGCUUUUUGAACUCUCUAUUACAAGGUCUGUCAUCUUGCAAAACAUUUUUUGAUUUUUUAGCAAAAGUAAGCGUGAGGUUAAAGUCAAAAGAUCCAAACGAUGUAAUAGUGAGAGAGCUAAAAGCAUUUUUACGUUUUUUAAAAGAAGGAAAAGAAACUUUAAGGCCAAAUGCACUGGUGAAUUCCCUUUCACAAAGAUUUCCUCAUUUUGGGCAGCAGCAUGACUCACAUGAGAUUUUUUAUGUUAUCCAAGAAAGCAUAUCUGAAGUAAAUAAGAGGCCUCUGCGAUCUCUAAAGAUACCUGACCUCAAUGGCAUGGAGAAAGAAGAAAACCUUAAAAACCCUUUUCAUGGCCUUAUGAGCACUGAAGUCACCUGCUCAGUUUGCGGACACAAAUCAUUUACUUUGGAGUCAAUGUUUGAUAUAUCAGUUACUAUAACACCUUCAUUGGAAGAAAGUUUUAAAAUUCUGUCUACCGAAGAAAUUAUUGAUGAUUUUCAGUGUCAAAGAUGCUCAAUUGAAGCAAGCUUAGAAAUUUUGAAAGAUAAAAGACAUUUCCCAUCAGAAAUUUUUUGAAAAAAAGUAGAAACAUUACGAAAAUCAUUACUCUCCCCCCUCCGUGGGUGGACAAAACCAUUAGAAAAAUCCCUAUUCUUUGCCCAAAACCCACCCUCCGUGAACAAAAAUUUUUUAUGGAAAAAAAAUUUGAUAUAUUAAUGAUAAUUAGUAUGAUAAAAUCUAGAGCCAAUUCUGUUUAAUUUAAACGGAUUGCGUUUUAAAACAUAAAUUUUAUAAAUUAAAUUUAAUAUUUGCUUUCCAAUUUUUGCGAAUUAGGAUUUUUUUUAAAACUUUAUAAAAAAUAUUUUUUUAUAAAAUUUAUAUAUAAAAAUUUUUUAAAAAAAAAAAUUAUGUGAGUGAACAAAAUUUUUGUUCACUCACGGGGUGGGGGUGUUAGAGCGCAGAAUAUCUGUUGAUGAUGCUGAAAUAGUGAUUUUUAGGAAACAAAGAGCAUCUUUAUGCCACAAAAUUGCAAGAUUCCCUGAUAUUCUUUGUAUUCAUUGCAAAUGGCUUGUUCAAGGUCCACUAGGCUACAUUCAGAAAUCAACUGCUCAAAUGAAAUUUGACUUAAAUUUAGAAAUUGAUUGACUAAUGCAGAAAAAGCUAUGUUUAAAUCCAAGCCAAAACACAGUAAAAUAUGAGCUGAGAGCUGUUAUUGAACAUUUAGGAGGAAGCUUAGGAGGGCAUUAUUUGACAUAUAGGCUUAAUUCUGGGGUCUGAUAUCUAUGUUCAGAUGUAGAUGUCCGAGAAGUCUUUGAAGAUGAAGUGCUGAGGGCACAACCUUAUAUGCUGUUUUAUGAAAGAGUUAAGUAA